AUGGUUUUUUAUGGUCGCCCGUCAAAGGAUUGCGCCCCCUGCCGAAAGAGGAAGACUCGAUGUGACUUGGUGCCUACAGGCUGCUCUCAAUGUCGCAGAGCCAAAAUAACCUGCCACGGGUACCGGACCGCAAAUGAGCUUGUCUUCCGUGACGAGACUCGGAGUACCAUGCAAAAGGUUUUGGCCAGCCAGAGAGGCAGCUUGCUACCCUCCACGCCUCAAUGGAGCCCAGACAUGUCGGCGCGGCACGCAUUCCUCUCUCUCUACGCCGGUACCUAUUCGACCGAUCUCGCAAGCCUGCAGCCAUUACUGGAGCAUGCACCUCCCCAAGGGUACCUGCAAGUCUCUGUUGAUGCUGUUGGCUUGGCGUUUAUGGCAUUCAUGUUGAAUCGCCAAGAUUUGAUACCUCUUGCAUACCAGCGUUACCUGACAGCCAUACGAAGCCUUGGAACGGUUGUGCGAUCCUCGAUGCAAGCAAAUCAUAAUCUAGACAGCCAGCCACUCAGCGACGUUACCCUUCAAUGCGUCCUCCUCUUAGAUCUCUACGAGAAGAUGGCUUACCAACACCACCGAUCAUCGAAGUCCCCAGGACUUUUGUUGAGCCAUGUCCACGGUGCGCUCUCUAUUGUCCAGUCGCGCCCUAGAGGCGAGUUCUUGAAUCCAACGAUCCAACGGCUCGCUACCCAAAGCCUCUUCGCCUUUACACUAAGCUGCGGAGCUGCGGAGAUACAUAUACCGGAGGCAUUAGUAAGACUUUACCGUGAGUUGUGCAGCUAUAUACAAAGCAUCCCGUGGUCAAUGAUUGGUCUCCUCAUUCGUCUCAUCAACCUUCGUGCCGACCUACGGGAAGGCAAGUUUGAUCCGAUUGAUGUAGUAAAGCGCGCUCGAGACUUGUACGAUGAGUUGUCUCGCAGGGAAAACCAGAUGCCACGCUUUUUGUGGCCACAGAGGAGAGAUGCAUGCGAAACCGGAGCUUUUGACCACUACUAUGACGUCUAUCCCAACCACCAGGCGGUUCAGAUUUUUAACUUGAACCGCUUCCAUCGCCUCGACGCCGCAGAAAUUAUUCAAAAGUUUGAACCCAGCACUGAGAUUGCAGAGAACAUCGCACAGAUGACUCAGGCAAUAUGCGCUUCUGUUCCUGCAAUUAUAUCUCCGACGGCGAGGUCCCAUAAUUCCAUUCCUUUCUCGCCGUUACAGAUACUCGAGUGCUCAGCUUUAUUGUCACCAUUAUAUGCAGCUGCUCGCAAUACACAAGAUCCCGCAAUGCGUGAUUGGAUUCUACAGACGUUGAUGUAUAUGGCCAAUAGCGGUGUAAAGUUGGCCCGAAGCGUGGCUCAUGUUCUUAUGUUCGAGCCACUUGCAAGCCAAUGGGCUGUAUUUGGGAUAGUUGGUAAUUAUUCUGUUGUCGGAAUUUGA